CAUAGGAUGAUCAAUUCUGAAAAAUGACUGCUGUCUUUCCAUCAAAAGAGUUGGAAAUUUUCUGAGCUUCCUGGCAGGUCCAAACCAUGAAUUACGUUGGACAGUUAGCAGGACAGGUGUUUGUAACUGUGAAGGAGCUCUAUAAGGGACUAAACCCAGCCACAUUGUCGGGAUGUAUAGAUAUAAUUGUUGUGCGCCAGCCAGAUGGAAAUCUUCAGUGUUCCCCUUUCCAUGUACGCUUUGGGAAAAUGGGAGUUCUGCGUUCUAGGGAGAAAGUGGUUGACAUAGAAAUUAAUGGAGAGGCUGUAGAUUUGCACAUGAAACUAGGAGACAAUGGAGAGGCCUUUUUUGUGCAGGAGAUGGAUAAUGAUCAGGAGGUAAUUCCUUAUCAUCUCUCUACAUCUCCCAUUCUGUCUGAGGGAACUGCUUUAAUGGAAGCUCAGCUGAAGAGGAACUCCACAGACAGGAUAAGAAACCUGGACACCAGUGCAUCCUCACAAGUACCAUCCCAAGCCCAUGGAUCCCAGUCUUCUACUGAAACAUCUGCAGUCUGUAGCUCUGGGAAAAAAAGGAGGAAAAAGAGGAGGAAGUCUACCCAUAAAAUAGACAGCUUGAAAAGAGAAGACAUUGGAGACACAUCAGAAGAUGAAGACAUGUUUCCUAUAGAGAUUAGCUCAGAGGAAGAAAAAGAACCAUUGGACAGUUCAAGGAUCCCUGUUCCAGAUGUCUUUGUUGAUGAUGUAUCUGGCAUAAAGGCUGCUGCAGUUUCUACGUUUUCUCAGUCUGCGUCUUACCCUCAUUCAGAUGGAGAAUGGUCGCCUCUUCAAAGUAAGCCUAUAGAUUGCACAGGGCAAUCCUCCCUUCUCAGUGUUCCAGCAGAUGGAGGCCUAUCUAACUCUUGUCCUCAACAACCUUCUCACUUUUCUCCUCCAGACAGCCCAUCAGGUUCACGCCCUCCUACUCCUCAGAGUGACUCAGAAUUAGUCAGUAAACCUAUGGAUAGAAGUGGACUGAAGAAUAAUCCCCACAUGCACUGGGCAUGGGGAGAGCUACCCCAGGCUGCAAAGGCCAGUUCUCUGCUCAAAGCAAAGGAACCCAGCAUGGUGGAUGUAAAUCCUUCCGAAAGCACUCACUUUCGGGUCAUCCAGAGUUCUUCUAUAGAGGAGAACACUACAUCUCCUCUACCUGCCCUUCAACAUCAAGCAGAUGAAGCAACUGCUGAUGAAAGUGACCCAUUACCAGCUGAGACAAAUAAGCCAGAGAUAGAAUCUUCAGGAGCAGCUGUACCACCAUUGCUUACCAAUGAAGAAAUAAAACAAGCUGCAGCUUGCUCUGCCCAAACAGCUGGCAAGACAGAUUCUCCUUCCAGAAAGAAAGACAAACGAAGCCGGCAUCUUGGUGCUGAUGGUGUCUAUUUAGAUGACCUCACUGACAUGGAUCCAGAAGUUGCUGCACUUUAUUUCCCCAAGAAUGGGGAUAAUGUCCAAAGCAAGAACUUGAACGAGACAGAGACACGGUCUGCCAGCCAGUCUCCACAGUCUGUUGGGAGCUCUGGUGUUGACAGUGGAGUUGAAAACACCUCGGAUGGAAUUCGAGAUUUGCCCUCGAUUGCCAUUUCUCUCUGUGGAGGCCUUACUGACAACAAAGAAAUAACCAAAGAAGAAUUCUUAGAACAUGCAGUAACAUAUCAGCAGUUUGUGGACAAUCCUGCUAUCAUUGAUGACCCUAACCUUGUGGUUAAGAUUGGAAAUAAGUACUACAACUGGACAACAGCUGGUCCUCUUCUGUUGGCAAUGCAGGCAUUUCAGAAACCUCUGCCAAAGGCCACUGUGGAAUCUAUAAUGAGGGACAAGAUGCCCAAAAAAGGUGGAAGGUGGUGGUUUUCAUGGCGAGGGAGGAACAGCACUAUUAAAGAGGAAACAAAGCCAGAGCAAGGUAUGAGUGGGAGUGGACUUCCAGGAGAAGACUCUUCACAGAUGAGCAUGGCAAACAGAAUAAAAGAUGAAUCUUCUUCAAGUGAUGAAGACCCUAGAGUUGCCAAACAAAACCUUGGGGCAUUACAAACCAACUCAAGUCAUCUCUCAUUAUUGUCUGGAAUCAGUUACAAAAAAACACUUCGACUCACUUCUGACCAGCUUAAAAGCUUAAAGCUCAAGAAUGGCCCCAAUGAUGUGACCUUUAGUGUUACAACACAGUAUCAAGGCACUUGCCGCUGUGAAGGCACCAUUUACCUGUGGAAUUGGGAUGAUAAAGUUAUUAUUUCUGACAUUGAUGGAACAAUCACACGGUCAGAUACUUUAGGUCAUAUUUUGCCGACUCUUGGCAAAGACUGGACACACCAAGGGAUUGCAAAGUUGUACCAUAAAGUGAGCCAAAAUGGAUAUAAAUUUUUGUAUUGCUCAGCACGUGCUAUUGGAAUGGCAGACAUGACCAGAGGAUACUUGCACUGGGUCAAUGAACGAGGAACUGUGCUGCCUCAAGGGCCAGUGUUGUUGAGUCCAAGCAGCUUAUUCUCAGCUUUUCACAGAGAGGUGAUAGAAAAGAAGCCAGAAAAAUUUAAAGUUCAGUGUUUGACAGACAUCAAAAACUUGUUUUAUCCUAACACAGAACCCUUUUAUGCUGCUUUUGGAAACAGACCUGCUGAUGUUUAUUCAUACAAACAGGUGGGGGUUUCUUUAAACAGGAUAUUUACAGUUAACCCCAAAGGAGAACUUAUACAAGAGCAUGCAAAGACAAACAUCUCAUCCUAUGUCAGACUUUGUGAAGUGGUAGAUCACAUUUUCCCUUUGCUGAGAAGAAGCCAUUCUUCAGAUUUCCCUUGUUCGGAUACCUACAGUCAGUUCACCUACUGGAGAGAACCGCUACCACCUUUUGAAACUCAGGAUGUACAGCCAGCUUCAUCUUAACUGCAUCUCCAAACUGUUGGCCUCAGCUCAAAGAAUGAGUUAGCUUUGUAUUGAAAGGGCACCUGUUGGCUUUUGCUGCUGACAGUUCCACUGGAGUAGGUGACAUCGUGAGCAUUGUAUUCUUUUGCUGUGAGCAAAUUUAGAAAUGCUUUUUCAUAGUCACAUUUCCAGAUGAUAAGGAGUCUUACUAGGAAUAGGAGUUACAUUUCUAGUUCCUCACCCAGCUCCUCAAAUUGUGCCGUACAGUUUCAUUAUUUAAGAUCAAAUAAAAGUGAUAUUGGUGUUGCAGUUAAACAUGCCAUAAGGUUAUAAAGUGGUUCUGUAUCUUUUCUGCAUCACUGAAGUCAUCUUUUAUCUCAUCGGAACACCUUGUAAGUAAGGGAGUUGAAGAUGCUCACCAUUCCUGACAUCAUCUGGUGACACGGACAGGGAUUGCAAUCCAUAUGUCAGAAUUCCUUUCUCUGAAGGAGCAAAUGAUUCUUCUUCUUUCCCAUUGCUUGACCAACAACUGUUUAAGAGUUAAUUACUGGUCUAGCUGUUGUAAGCCGGUGUAGAUAUCUAAGCCAGUUGAGCUGUGUUUAUUUAUUCCAGCCUGUUGGUUUGACACGGUAACACUUCUCAGAGGAAAUAAAUGAUGUGUAAUCUAAAUAGAAAGCAAAUGAAAUAAGAUGUCCAGAUACUGGCAGUCUUUCUCAAUUUGAGAAGUACCAUGUUUCAAGAAUAGCUAUUUGGAUUAAGGUAAGUGUGCAAGUGGAAGAUACAGGCUACAGUGCAUAGUUCCCAUCUCAGUGAAGUCAGUGAUUUUCAGUAACGACAUCUUACCCACAGAAUGUGCUGAGUUUCAAGAUUGUUAUUGAGCCGGGAACACUAAGGAUUUUGUCAAAAUGGAAUAGUUUUAUUUGAAACAUAAUUUUGGCUAAAAUGUGAACUUUGAUGCUGGUGAAUGAUGCAUCUCAGGUUUUUACUGUAUGGAUUUUUUUCUUCGGUUUUGUAUCAUAAAGUAUGGAUACUUUUAGUGCAAUUUACUCUCCUCCAAGAUAAUGAAAUCUCCUCUUUCAUCUUUUUUUUUCUUUUAUUUGUCCAGACACAAGCUGUAGAUACUGUUUUUGCUACCUGCUUUUGACAGCCUUAAGACUUGACUGUGCGUACUAAAAGCAAUACUGCAGAUCAGUUGAUAAUGUAUUCCAAAUGGUCUGCCUUUACACAAUGUGGUACUUAAAAUGUAGACAUCAAGUGACCAUAUGCCAAAUGAUUCUCAAAUGUGCUUGUAGCUAAGAAAGAACUUUUUUUUUUUCCUUUUUAAAAUAUAUUAAAAGUCUAAUUGUUCUCUGAAACGCUGAAAA